CUCGGGGGCGAGGCGGCCCGGCGCGUGGGAGGGGACGGCGCGCCAUUGGCUUGUGCGCGGAACUGAGAGGAGGGACCAGCUCGGGCCGCCAGACUCGGGCAAACCCCGGCCGAGCGGGGCGCCGCGCGCAGUCCAGCCGGCCCUGCCCUGCCCUGCCCGGCGCGGGCGGCGCGAUGUGAGGCGCCCCAGGGCCCGAGCGUCCCCCUGGCCCCCCAGCUCCGCCAGCGCCGGCGCCAGCAGGCUCUAGGACCAUUUUGUGCUGACUGAAGGCAAGGACGGCCACUCCACUCACGUCAGCGUCUCCAUCGCCUGGCACACAGUAGCCCUCCCGCAGAGGCCGGGCUCCAGGACAAGAUGGCAGCCAAGCAGCCGCCCCCUCUCAUGAAGAAGCACAGCCAGACGGACCUCGUGAGCCGCCUGAAGACCCGCAAGAUCCUCGGUGUAGGCGGGGAGGACGACGAUGGGGAGGUCCACCGCUCCAAGAUCAGCCAGGUCUUGGGCAAUGAGAUCAAGUUUGCUGUUCGGGAGCCUUUGGGGCUCAGGCUCUGGCAGUUGGUUUCUGCUGUGCUCUUCUCCGGCAUUGCCAUCAUGGCCCUCACCUUUCCUGACCACCUCUACGAUGAGGUCUUUGAUGGAGCCCAGGUGACCAGCAAGACCCCCACCCGCCUCUACGGUGGCGCCCUCCUCAGCAUCUCCCUGAUCAUGUGGAACGGCCUCUACACGGCUGAGAAGGCCAUCAUCCGGUGGACGCUGCUCACCGAAGCCUGCUACUUCUCCGUGCAGUUCUUGGUGGUCACUGCCACGCUCGCCGAGACGGGCCUCGUCUCCCUGGGGAUCCUGCUGCUCCUGGCCAGCAGCCUCCUUUUUGUCGCCGUCAGCGUUUACUACUAUUACCAAGUUGGCCGAAAACCCAAGAAAGUUUAGCCACCCGCUGGGCCAGGGGCCCCUCUGGGGCAGGGAGCCCCCGGGACCUCGGUUUCCCUUUGGUUCCGGAAGGCAGGAGGGACCCUGCCCCAGGCAGGCACGGGGGACCGCCUUCCUCUCCUCCUGGGUGCUCCCCGAAUGCGGUGAUCUCCUGGGCCCUCAGGUUUGGGGAGGGAUGGGGCCUCUGCACCCCGUCCUUUCCCCCACACAGUGACGCCUCCUUUUCUUGGGUCUCUCAGCCUCUGGAUCCCCUGGACAGACACUCACAGGAGAGUCUAAGUCACGGGCAUCUGGCCAAGGCCAGGCUCCCGCCCCUCUGUCACGAGACCCUUCUUUCUUGAGAGGCUGCGGACAGCCUCCCCGCCCUCCUGCUACACCCCCAGCCAAUGUAACGCCCAAGCAGCUGAACGUGGCUUCUGUCCACGCCUGGAAAACCUGAGAACUUGACCCUGGGCCCCUUCCCUUCGACGCGGGCCCCGUCCACACGUUUAGGGGCCCCCCUGCCCCCUAAACACGCAGCGCGGCUGCGGGCGGGCGGGCAGGGGGGCCGUCUUGAAGCUGGCACCUCCCUUCCCGCCCCCUGUGAGCUGGGCCGCAGGCAGCAGGGCCCUGUCCUCAGCCCCGGGCCUGGCUGCCCCGGCCCCUCCUCGGGCCUCGCUGUCGGCUGCUCUGCCUCCACCCCAGCUCCUGGAGGCCCCUAGGCGCCCUCUCUCCCCGACUGGCCGGGGUCCAGAGGCUGCCAGGGGCCUCAGCCACAGGCCGGCCCUGACAGGUGGACACCCAGAUAACCCCGGAUGGAGGCCCCCUGUACGUGAUGGGGUUUGGGGAUGAGGAAGAGAGAGAAGCGUCUCCUCAUCACCGGGCGUGUCCUCCAGGGUCUGACGUGCACCUGGCCCAGCCCCCCGGUCCACCCUCGCCCCCUCCCCAGGGUGCUGCCCUCCAGCCCUCUGGCCCGGGCUGCCUCUGAGGCCUGGCUGCGUAGGACUGGGUUACCCUUCACGCUCAGCAGGGGCAAAACAUAGAAAUAUUUCAGCAGGCCACCUCCUCUCACACCCACCCCCCAUCACGUGCCCUGGAGGAGGCCGACAGCUGGCUCCGUCAGAGCUGAAGACCCCUGCAGGCCCAGCAGCCUGGCCGCCCCCCGCGUCCUUUCCCCGACACUCCCCUUCCCUCCAGCACACCGGGAAUGGCGGCCCCCACAUCCUGGGACAGAUGUGGAGAGAAGCAUCCCCGGCCCCAGACUUGCUCCCACCGUGAAAGCGUGGCGGGGUGAGAUGGCUGGUCCUCGGGUGCCGCGCAGCUCUGGCAGCUGCCUCGUGGCCCCGGGCCCCGCCCACACCUGGCCUCCCUGCCCUCCCCCUCCCCAGCUGUCCCUGCGAUGUGGCCUGUGCCCCACGGAGUCGCGGCACCGCCGCUGUUAACAGCCAAGGAGACAGGCCCGGUGGGUCGGGCGCCCAAGGCGGUGCCGCUGGUGACCGCGGCCGAGCGGAAGGGAAGCCGGACACGAAGGAGGGGCCCUUCUCCCCUGGCCGCCAUCUCUUGAGACUGAAGCUCGUGCCCCCCACUGCCAAGCCCUGGGCAGGCUGGAGCCACCGCAGCCUUUGGGAGGGGGUGCUGGUGGCUGGCGAGCCGUGCCCCCAAGCCAAGGCCGUGUCCUCUGAGCUGACCCACGCCUUUUGCGGCCCGGCUAACACACCCACAAGCGGUGGAUGGUUUGUCCUAAUGCCUGCUGGGCGUGACGGAUGGAGCCCCACGGAGACUGGCAGGGGAGGGACACGUGUAGGCACUGGAGCCAGGCUUCGCGCCAGGCCUCUGCUGGGGCGGAGCCCGCUACGCGGGGCGGGAGGCGGGGGCGCAGGACGGUGCCCCGGGGGGUGGUGAUGCGGGCCCGUCCCUCCUAAAGGUCCGGGAAGACCCAGAAUGCCCCUUCCCUGGUUCACCUGUCAGUCUCCUGCCUCAGCCCAGCCUCCCCACCCCCACCCCAAAUCAAGACCACCUCGCCUCACGGUCACUAUUUAUUCUUCGUUCCUUUUUCUUUUUGUAAGAAACAGUCACAAAACCCAGUGCAAAACCAUCAGUGUGGGCGUCUUGGUUUAU